CCUGCAGAUAGAGACACAUGACCCCGGGUGGGCGGGGCGGCCUGGAAGGACAAGUAGGAGAGCAGCACAUGCAAGGACAGCACUGUGUGUGUGCAUGUCCGUGUGUGUUUGUUUGUGUGUCUUUUUAACCUUUUGCAGCUCCAACGCAAGACAGGAAACAUGAGCAGGUGUCUGAUAAGCCAGGUGGAGGUGCAGAGCUUCAUUGAGAGGUGCAUGAUGGCGGUGGGUACCAAGCAGCAUCACGCUCGCAGCCUGGCCCAGGUUCUGGUGGAGGGGGACCACAGAGGUCACUACAGCCACGGGCUGAACAGGAUGGACAUGUACGUGAAAGACGUUCAGACUGGAAUCUGUGCCAAGGACGGAGAACCAGAGGUGGAGAAGGAGAGCCCAGCCACGGCGCUGGUGAACGGGAACAACCUCCUGGGUCCUGUGGUGGGAAACUUCUGCAUGGACCUGGCCGUCAAGAAGGCCAAGGAAGUUGGGAUUGGCUGGGUGGUGGCGCAUGGUUCCAAUCACUACGGCAUCGCAGGAUAUUAUGCAAUGCAAGCGUUGAAGGAUAACAUGAUCGGCAUGUCCUUCACCAACACGUCCCCCCUGGUGGUCCCCACUCGUGGGAAAGAUUGCACUUUGGGCACCAACCCCAUCAGCGUGGCAGCUCCUUCCAAAGAUGGAGAUAACUUUGUAUUGGACAUGGCAACAUCUGCCGUAGCCCUGGGAAAGGUGGAGCUCAACGAGCGCCGUGGCGACAGCAUCCCUGAGGGUUGGGGGUGCGACGCCCAGGGCAGGAUCACGGCAGACCCCAAGAGAGUUCUGAGCGGUGGAGGGUUGGUUCCCAUCGGGGGCAGCGAGGCCACAGGGGGGUACAAAGGCUACGGUCUAGGAAUGAUGGUGGAGGUGUUCUGUGGCAUUCUGGCUGGUGCCAAGUACAGCAAACACAUCCGCACCUGGAAAGUAACAGACAGGAUUGCAGACCUGGGUCAGUGUUUUGUGGCAAUCAACCCGGAGAACUUUGCUCCUGGGUUCACCGACCGGAUGGCGGACCUGCUGGCCAUCCAGAGAGGACUGGACCCAGCCGAACCUGCCGCUCCGGUUCUGACGGCUGGGGAUCCGGAGAGAGCCAACAUGGCCAAGUGUCAGGAAAUGGGCGGGAUCUCGUACCACAUCAACGUGGUUAACUACAUGAAUGAAUGCGCCAGGAAAAUUGGAGUCAGUCCGCUCCUGCCUUGCGACAACAUCCUCUGCGAGUAAGGAGGCCUUCAGCAUCAUCUCCGCUUCUUCUGAGCUCCUCAGAAACACGGAAUGAAAUGUUUCAUCACUGCAUUUCCUGAUGCCGACUGAAGGUUCAAAGCAUCUUUGAAGACCACAGCAUGUGAUUCCCUCACUUGCCAAUGUGGAAAGCAGAACCAGAUCCAGAACCAGAACUGCAUAAUGUUUUGAUUGCUUUUGUCUUCCUACUUCAAGCACCUCAUUCCAAAUAAAAGUUAUGCAAUAUC